AUGGCGGAUUCCUCGAGGCCGCCAGAGCAGCGGUGCGCGCCCCUCGCCAUCGCCAACCUCCCAAAAGAGAUCCUCUUGGAGAUUCUGCUCCUGCUGCCGCCGAAAUCUAUCCUCCGGUGCCGUGCUGUCUGCAAGGCCUGGCGCGCUGUCACCAAAGACCGCGCCUUCCUGCUCGCGCACCACCGCCGCCAGCCGCCCCGGCGCCUCUUCACCUUCGUCCGCGACGUGGGCGGCAACAACCACGACCUGGGGAUCUUGGACUACUGCGUCGAGGCUAUCAACUUCCGCACCCACGAGUUCCUGUCCGUUGUCCGGUUCACAGGCGAAGAUUACGACUUCUCGCUCGGAGACAGCCAGUUCGUAGUUCACGCUGCUUGCAGUGGUCUCCUGCUUAUGUCUUACAACAAAUGUUUGCAUCUCUGCAAUCCCACCACUCGUCAGUGGCUAUAUGUCUUCCCACCAGCCCUUCAACAUGACAAGGUCGUGGGGCUCUAUGCUCAUGGCAAUUCCUCCGAGUACAGAGUAUUGUACUAUCGAGCAAUGGGUGAUUUGGCACCUAAAUUUUACAUCAGUACCGUGGGCUCAGGGAAGGAGAAGUGCAUUUGGCCCCAUUCACCGUCAGCAUCCCUGAUAGUGUGGUUGGCGAAAGGGUCCGAGGGUACUGCAUUCAACGAGCCUUUCCUCUUUCAUGGAAACCUGCACUGGCUGCCGCAUUUAGGCCGGCAUGACAAGAUAGUGAUGUUCGACACGGUGAAUGAGGUGUUUCAGUGGUUGCAAUUACCUUUCAAGAUGUGCAAUGUUGUGUCAUUGCUUGAGAUUGACUGUGAUGAAGAUGUCAGAGUGGCUGAAAUAUGGCUUCUGCAGGAUCACAAGAACCAGAUGUGGGCCUGCAAAUACCACAUCGAAUUGCCAGCUUUGGAUAUCAGCACCUUGCCAGACCUGGAUAGAGAGGUUUCGCUGGGAUGGAAGCCUUCUCAAGAUUACUCCAGCCUUGUUCGGCAUGCAUUCUUUGAGACACAGGACAAUGUGAACUACGUGAAGAUGAAUCACCACCUAUCGUCCGGAGGCUGGAAAACUGUACAUUCUGGUUCCCAGAUCUCAUUAGUUGGCCACAGUUGGUAA